AAACUCACUUCUUCUUCUUCUUCUUCUUCUUCUUCGUCUCUCUCUCUCUCUCUCUCUCUCUAGUCUUGAGUAGUCUUAGCUGCAAGGAGGAGGAGGGGAACUCAGAGGCUUAGCAUCGAGAUCGAAUUGCUUGCAGAUCUCUCAGAUCUGUGCUUUGGAUUACUUCAUCAAUUCCUACACUGAGUGGAGGGAUAGAGACUAGAGAGAGCUUUGUAGAUCGAGCUCGAUCAUACGCCGCGUGCAGCAGGCCAGGCCAGGCCAGGGGGGGAAGAUGUACGGAAGAGAUCCGUGGGGCGGGGCGUUGGAGAUCAACGGGGAUUCGGCCACGGAGGACGAGCGGAGCCGGAAUCUGCAGGACUUGGACAGAGCCGCGGUGUCGCGGUCCCUGGACGAGACCCAGCAGAGCUGGCUGCUGGGUCCCAUGGAGCAGAAGAAGAAGAAGUACGUCGAUUUGGGGUGCAUAAUCGUCAGCCGGAAGCUGUUCAAGUGGACGGUGGGGUGCAUCCUUGCCGCCGCCCUCUUAGCCGCCUUCGUCAUCUUGAUUGUCAAGCUCGUGCCCCGCCACCACCCCCACAACCCCCCUCCCGAUAACUACACCCUCGCUCUCCACAAGGCCCUCAUCUUCUUCAAUGCCCAGCGCUCUGGAAAACUACCCAAGCACAACAACGUAUCGUGGAGGGGCAAUUCAUGUUUGCAAGAUGGCAAGUCAGAUCAUUCAACAAUGUUCAAGGAUUUGGUUGGUGGCUACUAUGAUGCUGGGGAUGCAAUCAAGUUUCAUUUCCCUCAAUCUUUUGCCAUGACCAUGUUGAGUUGGAGUGUAAUUGAAUACAAAGCAAAAUACGAAGCUGCUGGCGAGCUGAACCAUGUUAAAGAAAUCAUUAAGUGGGGGACUGAUUACCUCCUCAAAACCUUCAAUUCUUCGGCCGAUACUAUUGAUCGGAUCGCAGCUCAGGUUGGAGUUGGGGACACUUCACAUGGAAGUACAACACCGAAUGACCAUUAUUGUUGGAUGCGCCCGGAAGACAUUGACUAUGAUCGUCCUGUGUAUGAAUGCCACGGUUGCUCCGAUCUUGCUGCGGAUAUGGCUGCUGCACUUGCAUCUGCCUCCAUUGUAUUCAAGGACAACAGAGCCUACUCACAAAAACUUGUCCAUGGUGCUCGGACUCUCUACAAGUUUUCUAGGGACCAACGCGGCAGGUACAGUGCUAAUAAUGAAGCACAAAUUUUCUACAAUUCCACCGGCUACUGGGAUGAAUUUAUAUGGGGUGCAACGUGGCUAUAUUACGCUACUGGGAAUAAUUCCUAUCUUAACCUUGCAACAAAUUCACGUCUAGCUAAGCACGCUGGUGCCUUUUGGGGAGGAAAGUAUUAUGGCGUGAUGAGCUGGGAUAGCAAGCUUCCUGGAGCUCAAGUCCUCCUGAGUCGCAUGAGGUUAUUUUUGAGUCCCGGAUAUCCUUAUGAAGAGAUUCUGAUGACAUUCCACAACCAGACAAGCAUAGUCAUGUGCUCCUAUUUGCCAUAUUUUAACUCUUUUAACAGAACAAAAGGUGGCUUGAUACAACUAAACUAUGGGGCUCCUCAACCUCUUCAGUAUGUAGUAAAUGCGGCAUUUUUGGCUACGUUGUUUGCCGACUACCUUGAUGCUGCUGACACUCCUGGAUGGUACUGUGGACCCAACUUCUAUUCUACUGAUGUCCUGCGUAACUUUGCUGCAACACAGAUUGAAUACAUACUUGGGAAAAACCCGAGAAAGAUGAGCUAUGUUGUUGGCUUUGGCAACCACUACCCAAAACAUGUUCACCAUCGCGGUGCAUCAAUCCCCAAGAACAAGAUCAAAUACAAUUGCAAAGGAGGGUGGAAAUGGAGGAAUUCAAAGAAACCGAAUCCUAACACCAUCGUUGGUGCCAUGGUUGCUGGUCCAGACAAGCAUGAUGGUUUCCAGGAUGUUCGCACCAAUUACAACUACACGGAGCCCACGCUAGCAGGCAAUGCUGGUUUGGUGGCUGCUCUUGUAGCUUUAUCAGGCGGGAAAAGUACUGGAAUCGACAAAAACACAAUGUUUUCUGCAGUGCCUCCUAUGUUCCCCACCCCGCCGCCUCCGCCAGCACCUUGGAGACCUUAAACACCCUUGGGUUUGCCCGAUUUCUGUUUUCAUGUGACUACAUACCCAUCUUUUUCCUCGUGUGAUUGACGCUGAAUUAUAACUCCAUUACAUUUGGACCAAGGCUAUAUACGGAGUAGUAUAUACGAUCAAUUCCAUAUUGGAUGCGUCUGUGUGCCUAUAUAUAUCCUGUUGUAUACAUGUGUAUGUAACAAGUUCAGUGAUGUUUUUUUUAACAGAAGUUUUGAAACACAGACUUGUAAUGUAACAGUCCUUGUUGUGUUUACCAAAUUAUUCUUAGCCCAUGUGUGGACAAAUUCUUUAUUUAUGUUACAAAAGUUAUGCUCCCAUUUUUUAUUUAUGUUGCAAAAAGUGCACUCCGUAUCAUAUCAUACAAUAAAGAGUAAAUUCCUUA